AUGACCGCAGAGCCCUCAUCGUCGCCGCUGCCAAAGAAUUUCUUCUCAAAGCUCAAGAGCCUCGGAAAAAGCCCAGACGAUGACAAUUUGGUGCCGCCAAGGCCUACCCUUGGUUUCAAAUCCAGGUCUUCGAACUCGGUGCGGCCCAGCGAUUCUUCCGAUCGGUUAAAACAGCAGCGAGACUCAUUUCUCUCGGCAAGACAACAGAAUUUUGCUGGAGAUUCCAAGGUUUUCGGCGUUGAGCUGGAGAAAUCUUUGGAUGUCGCUGAAGGCCGUAUCUACAUCUCUGGAAGUGACGGGUUAGUGAGAUAUGGAAGAAUUCCAAUAGUUGUUGCGUUAUGUGGCCUUUAUCUCAAGAAGGAGGCGCUAGAUGUUGAAGGAAUCUUCCGUAUUGGAGGUUCUUCCAAGCGAAUCAAACAGCUCCAAAUCAUUUUCUCAACCGAGCCCGAGUAUGGUCGCCGUGUUGAUUGGGUGGGUUAUACCGUCCAUGACGCUGCGUCAUUGCUGCGCCGCUUUCUUGGAUCUCUGCCGGAACCCCUGGUGCCGUUCGAUAUGUAUGAGAAGUUUAGAGAUCCGUUGAGACGUCGUCCUAGGAUCUGUAAAUAUCUGAAGAGCAGGAACAAGCCGUUGAUUCCAAAGGCAAUUCCGGCUGCGCAAGAUGAUACAGCUGAGACCACGGCUGAAGCUUCCCCAGAAGAGCCACAAUCAGAACAAACACCUUUGAAAGCAACGGAAUCUCAAACAGAACAAAAGAAGUCAGAUACCGAGCCUCAAUCUGAAUUGCAGUCUGAGCCACAGCAAGAAGCGAAACCAGAGCAGGAGGCAGAAGCGGCAUCAGAACUGGACCAAGAGCUAGAGCAAGAGCCUGAGUCAGAGCCUGAGCAAGAUUCCGAGCAAGAAGCAGAGCCAGACCAAGAAACAGAACAAAAACAAGACCAAGAAGAGGUGCUAGCGCCAAAACUGGAAUCGAAUAACGUACUGGCUGAGAACCCGAGCUUGAUCACAGUCACUGAGCCAGAUUCUGAAACCACGGUAGUGAUUGCAAAAGAAACUCCUACUGCAUCUGCUGAGACAAUUAAACCCGAGAGAGAGACAGAGUCAAAAUCCAGACGGAAGCAUGACAAAUUUGUCGCGGACCGUAAUGGUGCACUCGAAGAAUACGCCAAUCUUCUGGACCAGCUUCCAGAAUCUUCAAGACAUCUGCUAUUCUACAUUCUCGAUCUAUUGGCUCUAUUCAAUUACCAUGCAGAUAAAAAUUUGAUGCCCGCGCGCAACCUCGCUGCCGUGUUCCAGCCGUCAAUUUUAUCUCACUCGGAUCACGAUAUGUCUCCAGAGGAAUAUGAGCUUUCGCGCCUUGUGGUUGAGUUCAUGACUCAGUACAGUUACAAGUUGUUACCUGCUGCCCAAAAUCUUAAUCUGCAAACCACACAGGUUGCCUCGGCAAUCUCAUACCCACCACAAGCCUCUCGCACUACUCGCAAGCAUAGCAGGUCGUUACCAAGCGUGACACAGCCACCUGACGUGAUCGAUGCCAAAGCCAAGAAGCUGAGCGUUUCUUCGGGAAGCAUCAAUAAUAGUAGCUCCACACAGCUGAACCCAGAAGUUACGGAAUCCGAGGUUUCCGAUACUGAACCUUCUGCCCUUCCUGACAUCACGAAGAGCGCUCAAGUCGAGCUACCAGCGGACUCUGCUCAGGCUCAGUUAUCCGAACCGGUUUCUGAAACGGAUCCGUUCCUCUCGCCACGAUUAUCGCCUGGCACUUCGUCACACUCAAGAAGCUAUUUCAGGCGCAAGCGCACGGACUCCUCCGGGGCUCACACAGACGAAAACGAGCCUGCUAGCCCUCCCCAUGGUAUCGGCAGGUUACUGGGGUUUCUUAGUCCAAAGGAGCCUCGUGGAAGAUCAUCAAGUAUUGAUGAUUUCGUUGGAUUGUCGCUAUCUCCAAAACGCCGCGCUGACUUAUCGCCUGCUGUAUCUCCAGGAAAGGCCCUCAUGAACAAUUAG